AUGCACAAAAUCUCCACCGAUUUGCUUAAAAACAAUGUCAACUACCUGAAAUCAUGUAUUAUCUAUGAGGUGCUCAGUAAGAAACCAAUUUUUGAAUGCUAUCGUCACUUUUGUAAAAGAAAUGGAGAUGAUGCGAUGAGUUACAGUGACUUUGAGUACUAUUAUUAUAGAUUUUACAGUGGAGAGGUGAAUUUUGAGCAUGAGAGAAGAAUUGACUCCAAGGAUAAGACGUUGUCAGAACUGCCAUUGGAGAUGCUUGGAAUGAUUACUGGAUAUUUGGAGCCAGUGGAGAGAGCUCACUUACGCAGCAUGUCCAGAAAAUUCCGAGCAGCGGACGAGACAGAAGUUCUUUAUCAUGACCAAGUUCGUGUUAAGUACACACCUUCUUCCUUGGUGUUACAUGUUGACGAAAAGAAAUUCUUGUAUGAUAUCGAUGAAGAAAAUGGAGAAUUCGUUGGAAAUAGUCCCAUUGACCCUUUCAACUGUUUUGUACAAGCCUUAAGACACCCGAAACUUCAAUUGGGAGCUCUUUUUCUCGACAUGUCCGGCCAGGUUCCAUUAGAGAAAAGAAAGAAAUUGCUGGAGUGCCUGCCACCAUCACUGCAUGUAAAAAUCGUGUUAAUCGAUGCAAGCUCCGAUGAAACCUUCAAAAUUGUAACUUCCUUGAAGCAGGGAGCCUUGGAAAGAAUCGCGGUGAUGGGGUGUCCUGUGAAACUUGCGAAUGUUUUCGAAACGGAGCAAUUUAAGCAAGCAACAUACACUAAUGUGGGGUGUGAGAAAGUCAGGACGAAAGAUAUUCCAAAUUUCUACAAUCUGCGAUAUUUCCAUAUUCAAGUUACAAGUCUCACAUUGAACCAAUUCAAAAACCUUUGGGAUAAUCUCACCAAAAACCCAUCUUUCCAGUUAUGUAGAGUGAAGGCCACUGUUUUCAGAAGAUCGGAGCUAGCGGCUGGUUUAGGAUUACAUGGACAGGAGAAUCUGAAUGAGAAGGGAAAUAUCAUUCACCGUCACCCGAUCCCUAAUUCAAUGGACUAUUUGGAGAUUGAAAUCAAAAACGAUGGCCUUCUAAUUAGGAGAAAUAAUUAA